AUGGCGUGCUCAAAAAUAUUUUCAGGAGAAUUACCCGAAAUAUUGAGCGAUAUUAUGCAAUAUUUUCGGAAUGAUUUUUCAACAUUACAUUCUUGUAUCUUAGUCAAUAGAUUAUGGUGUCAUUUGGCAAUUCCAUUAUUAUGGGAAAAUCCAUUUUCAAUUAUAUCUCGUAAAAACAAUUAUAACAUUGAAUAUCAUAAAAUUCGUUUUAUUGAAAUUUAUUUGAUUAAUUUAAAUGAUAAUGAUAAAAUAAAAUUAAAUGAAUUUGGUAUAAAUCAUUUAAUUCCUUUAAAUACAUUAUUUAAUUAUCCUAGUUUUAUUCAACAUUUAGAUGGACGUUUGAUUGGUGAUUGUAUUGAAAACUGGGCUGCAGCUGUUAAAAAGGAAAAAUCUUUAUUUUGGUUUGUUAAGAAUAUACAAAAUUCAGAUUUCAUAAAAUUUAUUCAUAAAUCAUUAAUUGAAAUAUUCAUUGAGAAUGAAGCGAAUUUAUAUACUUUUAAUGUUACACAUUAUCAUGAUUAUUUUGAUAUUGUUUCUGAAUCAGUUUUACAAAAUCCACAUUUUAUUCGUAAUAUUAAAAUUCUUUAUCUUAAAAUUAGUACUCCUUUAUUAAAAGUUUUAAGUUCUAAUUGCAAUUCAAUUUCAUCACUUUAUAAUCCAAGAUUUAAAGAUAAUACAGAUAUUGAAUAUUUAUCACAAUUAAUUAAAUCACAAAAAAAUCUUAAAAAAAUUUGUUUCGUUAAAAAAUUUCCUCCAAUAUUAUUAAAUUCAAAUUGUUUAAACACUUUAAACACAAUUAUAUUUCUUUAUAUUAAUUUUAAUAAUAUAAAUAUUUUAAAUGAAGUAUUCGAACAAUUAAAUGUUUUAGAAUCUGUUCAUAUUAUGUAUUGUUAUUCUUUAGAUUCUAAUUUUAUUCAACAAAUAAUUAAUUUAAGUAAACCAUUUAAAUUAAAAUCCUUAUUUGUAGAUGAAAUAUUCGAGUCAAUAGAAUUAUUAUUACAAAAAUCUGGAGAUUAUUUAGAAAAUUUUGGAUUAUCAUUUGAACCUAAUACUACAUAUUAUAAUGAUGUAUCAGAUUCACAACUCCUUGAAGCAAAAUCACAACUACUUAAAUUAAUCACAAGAUAUUGUACAAAAGUUAAAUUCUUUGAAUUAAUUGAAUUUAAUAAUAAUCAAAAUAUUUAUUUAACAUUCGACUUAAUUGAAAGCAUUAAACAAAACCUUAAUUAUCUUACUAUUGAUAUAAAUUACGAUUUUGGAUCAGGUUUUAAUAGAGAUACUGAACUUAGCUCAAUUGUACUACAAAAUUUAGGUCAAAUACUUCCUUUUAAAUUAGAAUAUUUAGAUUUGACUCUUGUUAUGAAUACUACUGAUUUUGAAAUAUUUUUGAUAAAUUCUCAAGAUACUUUUAUCAAGAAAUUAUUAUUUAGUAAUAUAAUAGAUAGAACACGAGAAGAAGUUAGACAAGACAAUUUGUUAUAUAAUAUAAAAGAUCAUAUUAUGGAAAUGAAAAGAGUUAAAUACUUUGCUUUUCAAAAUCAUUUUACUGAUGAUGGUGAAAAUGAUGAAGAUUUAUUUCAUCUGAUAGAUGAAGUAAAGGAAUAUAAUAUAGUAAUCCAAAAUUACAAUGAUUUGAAAAUUAAAUUUAUCGAAUUUUUAGUAGAUUAA